UCACUGAACAAGAGCAGUAUCCCCCACCUCUGUGUCCAGACUGAUGCAGAGGCUUAACCAGGCUAUCGGCACGGGGCGGGCGGUGUUUCCUCGAUCGACUUUUGUGAACCAUUGUUCCCCGGCAAAGCAGAGAUCAUGACUUCUCGUGAGGCCUCCCAGGCCCCACUGGAAUUCGGGGGGCCGCUGGGCGUCACAGCGAUGCUGAUCCUGCUACCUGCCACCAUGUUCCACCUGCUCCUGGCGGCCCGCUCAGUUCCGGCGCGCCUCCUGGCCCUACCGGCCUAUCUGCCUGGGCUGGAGGAGCUGUGGAGCAUACAGGCUCUGCUGCUAUUGUUCAUCUGGCUUGGCCUACAGGUGGCGCUCUACUUGCUGCCUGCACGCAAGGUGGCCGAAGGGCUAGAACUGAAGGACAAGAGUCGCCUGCGCUACCCUAUUAAUGGCUUCCAGGCUCUGGUGCUAACAGCCCUAUUGGUGGGGCUGGGAGUGUCUGUUGGGCUGCCCCUGGGGGCACUCCCUGGAAUGCUCCUGCCCCUGGCCUUUUCGACCACUCUCACCAGCUUUAUCUUCAGCCUUCUUCUCUAUGCGAAAGCUUUGGUAGCUCCUGCCUCGGCCCUGGCUCCUGGAGGAAACUCAGGAAAUUCUGUGUAUGACUUCUUUCUGGGACGGGAGCUGAACCCUCGCCUCGGUUCCUUUGACUUCAAAUAUUUCUGUGAGCUGAGACCUGGCCUCAUCGGCUGGGUCUUCAUUAACCUGGCCCUGCUGAUGCAGGAGGCGGAGCUUCGGGGGAGUCCUUCACUGGCUAUGUGGCUGGUCAAUGGCUUCCAGCUGCUGUAUGUGGGUGACGCCCUCUGGUAUGAGGAGUCUGUCCUCACCACCAUGGACAUAAUCCAUGAUGGGUUUGGCUUCAUGCUGGUCUUUGGAGACCUAGCCUGGGUACCGUUCACCUACAGCCUGCAGGCCCAGUUCCUGUUGUACCAUCCACAGCCUUUGGGGUUGCCCAUGGCCUUGCUCAUCUGCCUCAUUAAGGCUGUUGGUUACUACAUCUUUCGAGGUGCCAACUCCCAGAAAAACACAUUCAGAAAGAAUCCUUCUGACCCCAGUGUGGCUGGUCUUGAGACCAUCCCUACUGCCACAGGGAGGCAGCUGCUGGUGUCUGGGUGGUGGGGUAUGGUUCGACACCCCAACUACCUGGGAGACCUUAUCAUGGCUCUGGCCUGGUCCUUGCCCUGUGGGCUAUCCCACCUGCUGCCCUACUUCUACGUCCUCUACUUCACUGCAUUGCUGGUGCACCGCGAGGCCCGAGAUGAGCAGCAGUGUCUCCGAAAGUAUGGCCAUGCCUGGCAGGAGUACUGCAAGCGUGUGCCUUACCGAAUCAUACCCUACGUGUACUGAAGCAGAUCCAUCGAACCAGUUCUCGGCAGGGGAUGGUCAGCCCCAAAGAAGAGGGUUACAGCAGAAGGAAAUUAUUUUUCCCUGUUGAAUAAAUGUUUUCAACCUUU